AAAUGCAGAUUAAAGAUUAAAGAGAGGAGAGAGAGUGGCUUCAAUGCAAGGCUGUUACAAAAGCAGAAGCAAACAACGAUCGGUUACAGUGGCCUAUGACACAUAAUUUGCCAGGAGAAAAAGGUAACGCUGCUAGCCCCAGUGGCAGGUACCAGCAGAUUCAUAGAGAGAGAGAGAGAGAGAGAGAUAAUACAAAAAGUAAAAAGUGUGUGUUGUAAGGUAAUUAUGAGCAUGGAAAGAGAAAACCAUUGUCUCAGAUCUCUCUCUGUCUGAGCAAGUAAAAAGCUUUGCAACCACCCAAAAAAAGAGACCAAACCUUUACAUCUUCUCUUACAUUGGCAUUCUCUGAGCCAGACAAAGCUUUCCUCGCUCCACACUUCAGCCCCACCACCACUAUCCUAAUCUCAUUCUCUCUUUCUCUCUUACAUCUCUUUCUAUCAUCUUCAGCCAACAUGUCAUGGCGAAGUCCCUCCUUUUCUUGAUUAAAAAUCUCUGAAUUUUUUCAUUCCUUCUGUUGAAAAAAAAUAAAUAACAUGAGGUGAAAAUGUUGGGAAAAAAACAAAAGUAGCAGUCCCCUGUUUUGUUCCUCGCUUUUGCUUUAUCUGUUAUCUGCAAGUGUGUUUUUUUGUACUGCGUGUACACAACUCCUUAAAACGUUUUGAAUUCAACUUGGAACUCAAAAUUAUGAGGAAGCAUGGAUGGCAGCUACCUUACCAUCCUCUUCAGGUGGUGGCUGUUGCUGUGUUUUUGGCUCUGGGGUUUGCCUUCUAUGUGUUCUUCGCUCCUUUUGUUGGAAAGAAGAUGUAUCAGUAUAUUGUUAUUGGUCUUUAUACACCACUGAUUACUAGUGUCUUUGGACUGUACAUUUGGUGUGCUGCAGCAGAUCCAGCAGAUCCAGGGGUUUUUAAGUCCAAAAAGUAUCUUAAAAUCUCAGAUGGUAAAAAGCUUGUUGGACUAAAGAAUUCUAAAUUAGGUGAAGAUUCAACUUCGUCAAUGCAUGAAGCAAAUGCUUCAACAGUUGGAGCUAAUUCUGUGGAUAAGGAGGCAUUGGGAACUGAAGGAAUGAAGAAAAGUGCUUCUGAUUUAGAAGGGAAAAGCUCAUCAUCAUCUUGUUCAUCCUGUUUCCUCUUGGUUUGUUCUCCUUGUGCUUAUAUCUGCAGCUGCUCUAGUUCGAGUGAAGAAACUUCUGAUAAACAAAUAAGUGAAGAUGGCAUGUUCUAUUGCAGUUUGUGUGAAGUUGAGGUUUUUAAGUACAGCAAGCACUGUAGAGUUUGCGACAAAUGUGUAAAUCACUUUGAUCAUCAUUGCCGGUGGCUUAACAACUGUAUUGGGAAAAGGAACUAUCGACAAUUUUUCACCCUCAUUGUUGCUGCUAUGCUCUUGUUUAUUCUUCAAUCGUUGACUGGGAUACUUGUGCUUAUCUGCUGCUUUGUCAAGAGGAAGCAAUUUUCUAUGGAUAUCUCCUCCAAGUUGGGAACCAGUUUCUCUGUGGUUCCCUUUGUUCUUGUGGUGUCUGUCUGCACCAUUCUGGCCAUGAUUGCUACCUUACCCGUUGCUCAGCUUUUCUUCUUUCAUAUCCUCCUGAUUAGAAAGGGACUCAGCACAUAUGAUUACAUCAUAGCUAUGAGGGAGCAGGAGCAGGAGCAGCUAGGAAUUGGAGGUCAGCAGAGUCCCCAAAUGUCAACUGUUAGCUCACUUACUGGAUUGAGUAGUACAAGCUCCUUUAAUACUUUACACCGUGGUGCAUGGUGCACACCCCCACGCCUCCUCCUUGAAGAUCAGUUUGAUGUGGUGCCUCCAGAAACAGGUUCUGUAAGUUCAUUAGGAAAGAAGAUAAUGAGAGAAGAGCCAUCCAAGAAAAAGAAUCCUGGAACAGUGAAAAUUAGUCCUUGGACAUUGGCACGGUUAAACGCAGAAGAGGUUUCUAAGGCUGCUGCAGAAGCAAGAAAAAAAUCCAAAAUUCUGCAGCCUGUAAUAAGACAUGACGAAGCUAUCAGGCUAGAACCAGAUAGCAGUUUUGGUAGCAGUGGUCGAAGAAUGGUCCCCAGGAUUGAUAACAACAAUAAAAAGCGAGCGAGCAAGCGGCUCUACCUUCCUGCUGACUUAUCUAUGGAGUCCCUGACAAAAGUUUCUGCCAAUAAUACUGAUCAAGGUUCAAGUACAAUGUCUAGGUUGGCCCCUCUUCAGUUUGAAGCACGUAGUGCAUUUCAAACAAGUCGAGCAAUGUCAAGCUCGGCUGGGAUUGUUCCUUCAUCUCCUGAAAGCAGUUUAGACUCUCCUGAUAUUCACCCUUUUCGGGUGUCUUCAUCAAGAGCCGAAGAAGUUAGACAGCUUGCAGGUAUUUCAGCUGCUGGUGGUGUAACUCUGAAGGAACUUCCACUCUCAAGGUCAACCAGUGAUGGAUAUGAGGCUUCUGGUGGGGAAGAUAGUGACCAGGUUCCUAGUAGGAUGGUUCAGAGAUCUACCAAUUGGACUAAUCUCCUUUUCAGUGUUGAUCAGGAUGAGAGGGCUUUCAAUAAGCCUCAACCCUCAUCCAGUGUGGGUUAUAGUAGAAAGUUAUGACCAAUUUGGUUGUCAAUUAGACAACUAUCUUUUCUGACUAUUUUGAUGGCAAUUGUUGAUUCUUUGAUUUGAGAGCCAGAUGUAUUUAAACAUCCCCUAGCCAUCAUCAACUUGUGAUUUUAAGAUGAUGUUCACAAGUUUUGGAUGGAGGUCCCAGCAUGGACAUGAUGUAUGAACCAAUGUACAAAGUCUUGUGUUAAUAUUAUUUGAUCAGGUUUA